AUGAACAAGAAGGAUGAGGUGUUCCAUCCAUAUAGGCUUCACUGCUUUGGCUAUGAUGUGUUGAAGGACGCCACGAACGAGUUCAGUGGCAACAACUUCAUUGGCGAAGGUGGUUUCGGUGAUGUUUACAAGGGCUGGAUCAGCUAUCGCACCAUGAACGCGACUAAACCGAACAAGGGCCUGGCCAUCGCUGUCAAGAGGCUCCGGGACAAGGGAUCACAAGGUCAAGAUGAAUGGCUGAAUGAACUGAGGUUCCUCAGCAAAUUGAAUCACCCAAAUAUCGUGAAGCUCAUAGGAUAUUGCAGCAAGAACAACCACCGAAUUGUGGUUUACGAGUUUUUGGCUAAGGGAAACUUAGAAAAUCAGUUAUUAAGAGAAAAGCGCAAGGAGCUAAGUUGGAGAACAAGAAUCAAAAUCGCGAUUGGGGCUGCUAGAGGUUUGGAUCAUCUUCAUUCACAAUACAAGCCAAUCAUUCAUCGUGAUGUCAAAGCCUCCAAUGUUUUGCUUACCUCCCACUUUGAUGCCAAGAUAUCGGACUUUGGCCUCGCCAAAUUUGGACCUCAAGGCGAUCAGUCCCAUGUCUCGUCCAGAGUUCUUGGCACGAGAGGAUACUUUGCGCCUGAAUAUAUCAUCUCGGGUCAUCUGACCCUCAAAACAGAUGUUUACAGUUUUGGGGUUGUUCUCCUGGAGAUCUUCACGGGCUCUAGGGCGAUGAGGAAACAUUCCAAUGGGACCGUCGGAAACCUCGCACAAUGGGCGGAGCCCUACUUGAGGGACAAAGUGAAGCUGCACCAUGUCAUGGACGGAAAGCUCAAGCGGAACUUCCCCGCGCAAGAAGCCCACCAGUUUGCAGAAAUCAUCCUCAGGUGCCUUCAUCUGGACCCGAAGAGUCGACCGACAAUGGCCGAGGUUGUAGCUAGACUCGAAGAAAUCCAGAGCGCAAGCAACCAUGACCAGCCGAACUCCGGCAUCUCUACGCACCCUAUAUGGGGCCUCUAA